GCCACCAGUAACAGUCCAUUGGACUCUUCACUCUUGGAGUUGCACCAUAAGGACCUUACACUGGGCUAGCUGCUGUAUCUGCAGGUUCCAAACUCAGCUAUGAUCUUUUUGUAACAACGAAUGACCUUGGCAGCUUGCUCCCUGUUCCAGCAGCAUGCGCUCUGUGAAGUGGCCUGCUCCUCCUGCCCAUGACCUGGUGACCCUGGAGGCCAGAAUGGAUGACCUGCACCGUAAAAUGGACCAGUUAUUGUCCCGCAGCACUGUAGCAGGCUGCCCCAUGUGUGGGAUCUGUGGCCACCACAGUAAGCAGCAAGAGGCCACAGCCAGCCAGCUUUCAGCUCAGGCAAAACUCCUUGACUCUCUGGAGAGGAAAGUGACGGAGGUGAGAACAGCACUGGAGGAGCUAGCCCGCGGUCUAGAAGACAGAUUUUGUGACAGGAUGUCUGUGCCUGCAAUCGCCCUGCAGAGAAGGAAAUCUCUGCCUGUGAGGACUUCAGUGGAUGAAGUGUAUGUGCGGUUGGACGUGCCCAGAGAGAAAAUAAUCCAGCAUGCUUUUAAUGUGCCCUGUGGGAAAGGUCAAACAGGCGCGCUGAUUGAAGACAGCGAAGGGGAGGCUCUGAGAGGAGAAGGGCAGCCAAUCAGAGUUAACCUGACAGAAGUGAAAGGUCAGCAUGAGCCUCAGCCACAUAAAGAAGUUAACAGAGAAUUGUCAGCAGUGGCACCAUAUUUGGCAGCAUCACAGUCUAACCAUGAGCCUCCAUGUGCGGCCAAGAUGGAUGGAGCUAUAGCAUCUUCAAGCCAAAAAAGUUCCAAGACAACAGGAGUGGCUCUUCCUACAAGUGCAGGGACUUCAACGAAGGUCACAUUUCCACCAAAAAUUGUAUCAAAAAUAGCAACAACAAAAAGUUCAACAUCACAAAAUCAGCCCACGGCAAAAACCACACAGGUGGCUGCCCCUGUUAAGACAUCUGUAUCUUCAUUAAACACCACAGCAUUAGCAGGAUCUACAGCACUGGUGUCGAAUCAGAAGAUGCCAAAAACAGCUGUGCUGGCAGCUCACAACACUACAACAACAACAGCAGCUCCAACUGUGGUCACUGCUGUGUCCAGUAAUCCACCAAAGUUCACCGUAACAAAGAUAACGGCACCACCACCAUCAAUCCACAAUGUUCAGAAAAUAACUUUAGGUCUUCCUGUGGCAACAUCCCAAAGCAUGGGAAAGUCUUCAUCUAAUUCAUUAUCUCCAGUAUUGCCAAUGACAGACUCCAAGUGGUCAAACAACACUGUCACAAAAACUACAGUAGCAGGAGAUCAAACACCAGCUCCUAAUCAUCUGCCUAAGACAGCAGGACUGACUUCUGCUCUGACAACAACAGCACCAACCUCAGUCACCUCCAUGUCCAACAAUCAACCAGCAGUAACUGUAGCACCAAGCCAUAAACCUCUAAAAGUGACAACCACCAUGGGAGCUUCAGGGGCCACAUCACAAAACGCAGACAAGUCUUCCACAAAUUCUCAAAUAACAAAACUGCCUGCAGCCAAAAGUUCAACAUUAUCUCCUCCAAACACAGCUGGCCUGAUGGUUCCAAUGGCAACGACAGCCGGCUCCUCACUGAAACAUGUUUAUAGUUGUCCUGAGUCUCUACAAAGAUUUCAGGGCACUGGAGGGAAAUCCGACUCUAGUCACACAGCAGCACCACCACUGGUGAAGCCGGGAGCAGCAGUCAGGCCCACUAGCACUGUAGCUGGGGGAAUACAGAUCAAGAUAAGUCCAGCAGUAGCAGAGCAAAGCACAGCCCAGACCAAAACACCUCCCAAAACCUGCCUCAAAAUGAUAGAUGAUGUUCCUCCUCAGCCUGCCCCGUUCCCACACAGAUGUGUGUCUCUGAGGCCCAGUCCACCGUGCGACUCCUUCAGCAUCCACACCAGAGAAGUGCUGGGAGGUGGACGUUUUGGCAAAGUGCACAAAUGCACAGACACUAAAACCGGCCUAAGGCUGGCAGCAAAGAUCAUCAGUGCAAGAAGUGCCAAAGAGAGGGAAAUGGCAUUGAAUGAGAUCCAGGUGAUGAACCAGUUGAGCCACUCAAACAUACUGCAGCUCUAUGACGCCUUCGAGGCCAAAAACCAAGUAGUGCUGAUACUGGAGUAUGUAGAGGGAGGGGAGCUGUUUGAGAGGAUCGUGGAUGAAAGCUGCCCGCUGACCGAAGUGGACGCCAUGGUGUUUGUGAAGCAGAUCUGUGAGGGAGUUCAGUAUAUGCACCAGAUGUACGUCCUUCAUCUGGACCUGAAGCCAGAAAACAUCCUUUGUGUGAAUCGGUCAGGUCAUCAGAUCAAGAUCAUUGACUUUGGCCUUGCCAGAAGGUACAAACCACGAGAGAAGCUGCGAGUGUCAUUUGGAACGCCUGAGUUUCUGGCUCCAGAGGUGGUCAACUUUGACUUUGUCUCCUUCCCCACAGAUAUGUGGACUCUAGGAGUUGUCACAUACAUGCUACUAAGCGGCCUCUCUCCCUUCCUGGGUGAUGAUGACAGCCAGACCCUCAACAACGUGCUAACGGUCAACUGGUACUUUGAUGAAGAUGCCUUUGAGCAUGUCUCUGCAGAGGCCAAAGACUUUGUCUCCAACCUGCUGAUCAAAGAAAGGAGUGGUCGUCUCAGUGCUACUCAGUGUCUUAAGCACCCAUGGCUGAAUAACAUAUCAGAGAAAGCAAAGCGCAGCAAUAUCAUCCUGAAGUCACAGGUCCUUCUCAAGAAGUACAUGGCCAGGCGGCUGUGGAAGAAAAAUUAUAUUGCAAUAGCAGCAGCCAAUAGAUUUAAGAAGAUAAGCAGCUCAGGGUCUCUUACGUCCAUGGGAGUCUGAAAAAGAUCGCACUGGUAAAGAUAGUACAUAUUAUACAUAUUACAAAUAUAUGGCAAAUGAUUGGAUUUAUGCAGUAAAAUGCUUAUCAUUUCUGUCAUGUUUUUUUCUUUUUUCUUUUUUUUAUUUGACAGUAUCAGCUGCCCUUUACACUGGCCCUUAUUCACCAAAGCUGUGUACGGUCAAAUCUGAUCAUAAAUGAGCGCAUGCAUUUUUCAGAGACAUUAUUGUUAUUUAUUAGUUUUAGCGAGUUAAUUUUAGUGAGUCCCUACCGCACGUAUUAGGGCAUUCUUGAUGUAAAUGAUAUGUAAAUGAGGUACUGGCAGGAUACUACUUGAUUUCACACACUAAAGCGAUUCAUCAUUUGCACUCAAAUCUCUACUUGUUUCCACAUCAUACAAACAUUUCUUGAAUCAGAUACGGAGUAGUUCAAACAUCAUCGUAUGUGGGCUCAUAAACAUUUGAUGAAUAAGGGCCAUUGUGUGAAUACUUCAUGAUGAAUGCACCAACAGACAUGGUCUGAAAUUACUUGGAAUAAAAUCUAAUCAGACAUGAGGUUUAGUUUCAUUUUCAGUACAGCACUGUGGCAGG